AUGAAUACUGCCUACGCUCAACAACCACCUUCGCCCUCGAACAUGCAUCGCCAGUCGAUACCGAACAUGCACGAGGCGGCCUACCGCUCUGGUGCGCCGACCGCCCCCCAUUAUCCUGUUUCGCACACCAUGCCUCUCCCAUCACAGUCACAAAUCGCCCAAGGCUAUAGCGAUCCAUACAACUCGAUGGCAGUCACAAGAGCUCCUAUACCCGAAACGCAUCCCUCAGAAGGGCUGGCUCCGUUGGUGCCGGGCACCCAGCCGGCCGCCCCAGAUCCUCUGCCUCGAUCUUGCAUAGAGAAUGGAUGGAAAUAUGAACUCUGCGUGACACAACAACCUCAGCGAGCUCGAAUGUGCGGGUUUGGAGAUAAGGACCGACGGCCAAUCACCCCUCCGCCAUGUGUCAGACUUAUCAUCACUGAUAUCAAGACCGGAAAGGAGUGUGAUGUCAAUGAUAUUGAUCAUGGGAUGUUCGUUUUGAAUGUUGAUCUGUGGUCCGCAGAUGGCACUCGAGAAGUGAAUCUUGUCCGGCACUCGCAAACAUCGCCAUCAAUUUCCUUGACUACACCUGUUUCCUACGCCCAAGUCCAAGAUGCGGGUGGCGCGGCAUACUCGAACAUACUUCCUGGCCAAGGUGCCAUUCCAAGGGAUGUUAAAUUCGAACACGGCGGAGGCGCUUCCUACACAACGUCAAAUUAUAAUCCAUAUCCUGGGCCCCCACAAGUAAACCCUUACACUCAAUCACCUCCCGCUCAAGUUCCUGCGUACGGUGGUGCCCCUCAAUAUCACGCCGCCUAUCCCAAUAAUCCCAACGCCGUGCAAGCAUACCCGCCCCAGAACGGCUACAGUCAAGCACCUGGUCAACCGGUAUACUUUUCCACUGGAGCACAAAUCCACGGCGGUCAAGGUCUUGAGUAUGCCCCAUCUCCGCAACCACUCCCGUCCCAGUCAGCGGCAUAUGGGGGCCGUCCGUACACACCUGCAGAUAUGAACCUGCACCGCAUGCCUGUGACGAGCACUCAGCCUGGUGGAAUGUUUACCCGAAACCUCAUUGGAAGCCUCGCGGCCAGCGCGUUUAGGCUGACGGACCCGGAUGAUCGAAUUGGUAUCUGGUUUGUUCUACAGGAUUUGUCCGUCAGAACGGAAGGCACUUUCAGACUCCGCUUCUCGUUCGUAAAUGUUGGCGUUUCCUCCAGCUCGCCCACAUCCGCCACUGGCUCCUCAAAUGGUAUGCAGCCAAUGACACAAGUCAACACUGGCAAAGCGCCUGUUCUGGCCGCAUGUUUCUCGGAUUGCUUUACCGUUUAUUCAGCCAAACGAUUCCCAGGUGUGGUCGAGAGCACGAACCUCAGCAAGUGCUUUGCAACACAGGGGAUCAAGAUCCCAAUCCGCAAGGACGGUCAGGGACCGACUAGAGCGGAUCGGGAUAAGGAGUACGAGGAUGAUUAG